AUGCUUGCUAUCCUUGCUUUGCUACUGUACAUUGCGAGUGCAACCACAUACCAAAUGGUCGCAACAGUCGGAUCUUUUACUCUGGGGACUAACUGGAAUCCCGAAAGAAUAACACCAUUUACUAAAGAAGACACAAUCAUAGUACCUUUCUCUGGAUCAUUUACUUCAGAUGAUUUGAGUGUGGGAACUAUCCAAAUAAAAAGCACUGUCACUCUUAAAAUGGGAAAAAUGGAUGUAGACAACAUCCAAGUUGAUAACGGAGUGGAAUUGAUUGUGCUCGGAACUGUUAAUGCUAAGAUCAUCAAUGGAAACUGUAAGAUCAGAUUACUCAAUGGAGCAACUAAGAACAUGGGAACGUUGUAUGUGCAAUCAGCAGAUACAUUGGUGGUCAAUAACUCUGGGGAAAUAUACUUUGAUCGAAUAGAAGAUGCCUCAAGCAACUUAAAGACUGUGGAUAUCGAUAAUUAUGGAGAUGUACACAUAGUGCAGAGAAUUAUGAGGUCCAAUAAUUUUGUAAGUCAUGGAGGAAAUGUGUACUUCUAUGCAAAUAGUGUGAACUACAAUGUGGAACUGUUUGACACCAAUAUCGAUGAUGCAAGUUUCUUUGGUUAUGUCACUCUCGAAAAUUGUAUAUGUCAUGAUAUCUCAAUGGACACGAGUCUGCCUGUUAUCAAGAAUACUUAUUUCAAUAAAUUUGAAACGUACAACCCAAUUAUAAGUGACUGGUUCGUGAGAGGCAAGGAAAUUAUUAUUCACAAUACAAACAACUAUGCUAUUAAAAUGACAAAUUCGUUGAUUGAUGGAGAAUUGGUGACCAUUGACGGAAUAUGGGAAAUACAAAAUUGCGAAAUUGGGAAUAACGUCAAAUUGAAGUCUGCUAUGAUCACAGUCAAAGACGACACAAUGUUCUUUGGAAUUCUUUCUGUGUCUUCUUCGAAAAUGAAUUAUUUAAAAUACAACGGAACUGAUGUAACAGUGGACACAAGUUCAAUUGAUAAUUAUGACUGUCACUUUCCAACUUCAUUCACAUCAACAACUUUUGGAACACUCAAUUGUUUUGAUAAUUGUUUAAUCGAUGAUCUUGAAACCACAACAUUUAAUGUUAAAGAAAGUGGUUGUAGAGUAAUUUCAGUAGUUGCUACGAACAUGAAUGUCCAACCAGAGAAGUGGUAUUUACCAAGAAGAUUAACAAUAAACACGCUUUUAAAAACACCAAAUAUUGUUUUAUGUGAAUCCAUAUGUUCUUUGACUUUAAUGGUAAACGAGAUAGCAGGAUUGAAUGUGUUUGGCGGGAGUGUUGAUUUAACUAUUGGUGGAGGCAAAUGUACAAUUUUUUCAAACUCGACUUUAUCAAUAACUGUUGCAUCUAAACAACCUGAAAUGGAUAUUUCAAUCGAAAAUAACACUCUCAAAUACUCCGGUCUUUUAACAAAAUUGACAACAAUUAAUUCAACCGUCUCUUCAUUACCAAGUGUUAAAACGCUACGGUGCAAAGACAGUCAAUUGUCAAUUGGAGGAGGACUUGAGGUGAACUCUAAAACUGGUUAUAUUGAAUUUGAAACCAUUGAUAAUUGUUCGUUUUCGGAAAAAGCUAUGGUCUAUGGAGGAACACCAACAAUAACUUUAUCCACAUUCGAGAGUCUUUUUAUAGAAAGUUCCAUUGUAUCUUUUACUGAUGUUGAAAUAGCGGGUACUUUUGAUGUGUUUAAUUCCACUCUCUCUGGAACUCUAACAAGCAAAUCAAUUACUUUCUCGAACACAUUGCUUGAUCAUUACACACACCAAUUUGUUGGGUGUAUUUCUAAAUUUUCAUUUGAAAGUGUAACUUCAACUGAAUCCACUUUGGUUAUUCCUUGUGUUUCAAGAUUUUCUAACGUCAACAACAUUAUUCCAAUGGAUGUUAUAAUUCGGGGUGAUAUGUACAUCGGAUAUGGAACAUCACUUAAUGUGCAGACAAUGACUAACAAUGGAAGAAUUCGGAACUAUGGUGUCAUUACAUUAACAACACUUGUUUCAACUUCAGAAACAUCCACAAUAGAUGGUGAUGGUUCGAUAUUUGCGAGAUCGGCAUUUAUCAAGACUGUUGACAAGAAUGUUUUGGAAGUUCGUGAACUUACUCUUUUCAAGAUAGCAACCAUCAAGAAGUUGACAUUUCUUGAAAAUGCCAAACUUGACAUGAACAAUUAUGAACUAACUGCAACAACACUGACUAUCUCCAAUAGAAUAACCGUUUCUAACCCAGCACAAAGACUUAUUACCGACUCUUUGAUUCUCAAUGGUAAUUUGAAUUUGGAAACAAGAGAAUUGAGUGUUCAAAGUGGAAAGGCAGUAAUCACAAAUUGUGUUACAAAGAGUACAUUUUAUACAACAGAUGAGACAACAAUAACAAACUCCCAAUUGAAAAGUGUGUAUGGGUCUAACUCAAAGUUGACAUUAACAGAAACUACAUUGGAAUCACUUAAUUUGACUGAAAGUCAUUUAUAUAUAACAAACAAUUUGAACGUCAGCAACUUGAAUGUUGAUAAGACAGUAAUUUAUGCUAAUGGAGACAACUCGAUGCUAUCGUGUAAUGGUCUAUGCUCAUUCAAUCAGAACACCCAAGUACAGGUUAAGUCAACAAUCAAUUAUAUUUUGAAAGGAAAUGUACUCUUCACCAAUGAUGUUGUUUUAUCUAACCUGAAGACAGAUUCCGACUUCCAGUUGACUUCGUCAAAGUACCUUACUUGUGAAGGUGAUAUUAACACACAUUUCCAGACUAUUUUUAACAAAGGUAACAUGCAUGUUGGUCCAGAAUGUACAUUGAGAUGUAAGUUGUUUAAUUAUAACACACUUUUGUUGACUGAUACAAACAUCAUCGACUCAACCAUUGAGAACAAUGGAACAAUGGCAGUUUCUAAUAUCGUGGGUACUAAUUCUAUUAUUAAAACAACAUCUUCUGCUGUAAUAGGUGAUGUUCAAAACUUGGACCAACUUGUAGUGGGUUUAAGCACUGUUGUCACAUUAAGUGGAAAUGUACAAAGUGCAUAUAUGACAUGUGACGGUGCUUUGGUAAUCUCAAAAGCACUUGUAAUGGAUAUUGGCUCUUCAACACUAACAAACUGCCAAUUGAGAUUCCCCAAUCCUGUUAACAUUUUGACUUACAAACAACCAUCGACAACAACCCCCAAAUUGAUAUCUGUAUAUCCAGAAUUGUUGCCCGUUGUUGGAGAUGUCAUUCAACUUAUUAGAAGUGAGGGAACUGUAUUCCCAACACUUCCAACAUCGGAGGUGAGUGGUGUCGAUUCUUUGGCUUUAAGUAGAGAUAUGGACAAUAAGAGUUACAACAUUACAAUCACACCCUGUCCUUCGGGUUCGAUAUUUAUUCAAGAGUGUAUUCAAUGCGACAACGGAAAGUACCAAGUCGGGACUUCCUGUUUCGACUGUGCACCGGGUACUCAUUCUGAUGGGUUUACAUGUUCCCCAUGUGCGAGUGGCUUCUUCAAUAGUAUUUCAGGUAAAAUAUGUGAAUCGUGUCCACUGGGGUAUUGGUCAAACACCAGUUCUGCGUCUUGUUAUAUAUGCCCGGCUGGAUAUUACCGAGGUGCAACUGAUGAGGGUUGCAAAUCGUGUCUCAAUGGAUACGUCAGCAAUUUUGGAUCAAGUGAAUGUUCUGCUUGUCCAAAUGGGACGGUAACAGAAGACUCAAUUACAUGUAAAAUAGAUGAACUUGCAAGUGAAGACAGUUGUGAACUGGAUGGUAUCUGGAACAUCGACCAUUGCUUGAAAUGUGACAAUGGCUUUCCUGAUAAUGGCACUUGUGUUAUAUGUCCAAAGCAUUAUAAACCCAACGAAGAGUACAAUGGGUGUGUUCUUGCUGCUCCAAAUCAGUGGAAAGUGCAACUCUUCUUUGUUAUUUUCUUCUUCAUGUUAUUUGCGAUCUUCAUUCCAUGUUUGGUCAUACACAUUAUCAAGUUUUAUAGAGACGAACAACGUUCAUUAGCUACAGACAGACGACUGAAGAGUGCCGCUGACAAAAUGAAAGAGGAAUGCGUUCAUAUUAUCGAAGGUGUUGAAAUAAUACCAGAAGAGGAACCUAAUAUAUUCUGUCCAGACAAUGUGGACGAUAUAGAAGAGAUUGAAGACAAGACGGUAUACACCAUGGAGACUGAGGACAUCCCACAAUUCACACUUCCAGAGAAUCCAAAGACAUUGAACCGCAUUGCAACAUUGAGCCAAGACAAUGCGACAAAAGAGGAUAUCAAAAAGAGUUACGAACAUUUGAGUCGACGAUUAUCACAUGUUGAGGAGUUCUUAGAGGAAGAGAAGAAGAAGAUAUCGGCGCAGUUCUUCUUGAGUGAGUUGAAGACGAAGAAAGACGACAACACAUUGAACCGAGAGAAGACGUUCAACAAUUCAAGUUCACUUGAUCUUAAAGGGGAGCACAGUGACCAUUCAAAAGGUGUUGCAACUGAUGUGGAGGCGUCCGAGAAGUCCUCUGUAUUUGAAGACAAUAUCGCUGUUGGUGAACACGUCGAACAGUUAGAGACCAUUUCGACGCUUGAAAAGGGGGAGAACGAAGUUUCAGAGAGUGAAGUGAAUGUGGAACACUUGGACAGCACAGCACAAGAAGAAUUAGAAGACACCGAACCGCUUGAAACAAGUGAAACGCCAAGAGAAGGGUUACACAAGAAAAUGAAUGUGUCGAAGACGUCACCAAUGAAACCCAAAAUUAUAGUGAUCGACAAGAACAAAGCUAUGAAAAGUGAAGUGACGAUAGCCGUUGGAGAGAUCAACCGAUUGAAAACUGAACACCAGAAAGAAGUGAACGAGUUGAAAUCGAUUGUGAGGUCAUUACAAUUUGUCGCGAAUGAGACACAACAGAAGCUGCACGUCUUUGAAAAGGCAAAAGAGGAACUUGAACAACAGGAACUGAAAGCAAGAAAAGAGGAACAGAUGAAGCGCGCUGGGAUAGAUGGAGGAAGUCGUGUUGAGCACAUUCUUAUAAAUGGAGUGAACCCCCGAUUUAUUCCAUUAGAUGACAACAACAAACCGACUGGAUAUAUGAAGUAG